AUGCCGUUCGAUGGAAGCGCAGAGAGUUCGGAGAGGGCUCCGGCGAUCGAGAAGCUUCUAGAGGCGCCGAUGCCAUGGAUAGGCCUGUACGUCGCCGCUGCGUCUCUAGCCUGCACGGCUGCGAUGGCGGCCGACACUCUGCAAGGACUAUGGAAGAAGAAGCACUGGUUUCCGUCGAAAUACUUCUCGAUCAACGCAACCUCACUGACGCUGCUCGCGGUGGCGAUGAAGCUGCCGGUGGAUCUCACCACUCGGAUGUACUCCGUCACCGACCGCCUCGCUAAGGUCAGCAGCCUCGUGUUCAUGUCGACCGCCACGGCCAACCUCCUGACCUCGCUGGGGUCCAUGACCGACAAGGACGUCUUAAUGAACGUCGCCGCGUUAGGCAUUCUCGUCAUCACGGUGGUCGUCAACGUGGUCAUACAGGUUGUCCAGAUGCAUGCUUAUCUCGGAAACCGCCUCGCCUUUCCCGAAGAGCUUCUCGCCAUCCUAUCCAUGCUCUUUCUGCUCCUCAUGUUCGUUUCAACGGCUCUCAUGAUCCCUUCCACCAAACGCUAUCUGGAGACUAAAUACCACGAGAUGCACAGAUCCGCCUUGAACGAAGAUGAGAUUGACGCGGAAAAAGUGGUGACUACUGAUAAGCUGAGAGUGUUGAUCAAGAAAUAUUGGGUGAUGGCGGAGACCAGCAACCCUCAGUUCGUGAUUGCUCGUUCCGUGACGUGCACGACAUCUGGCGUGCUGAGCCUCAGCAUCGCUCUGAUUUUGGUGGAAGUCGAGAUUCGGAUGGCCAUGGAGUUCGGCUUGCUGAGACACUCUUAUUCCAGCUACGGUUGGUCGACCAAGUUUGUGCUUGUUGUUCAGACCGCCGGAGUGAUCGUUGGCACGAUUGCUCCAGCGGCGAGAUGGCUGGUUGCCGUCAAAUACAGAAGAAGUAUUGGAAGCGCAGUGACGGUUGAGGGGUAUUGGACUCAGAAGAUGGUGGAGUGGAGGCAGGGAUCUCUAUCUUUUCAAAUUCGGAAUCUCAAGAGGAGGAAACUUGUUCAUGAUUUGAGAGCGCAGUUUCUGAGAUUCUGCAUUUCUGUUCAGUAUCUGAUUGUUCUUGCUAGCAAGCUUGUCCUUCUCUUCUCCAUCUGUUUCACUAGCCCAAUUAUGCCAUGUCUUAACUAUUUAAGAAAGAGGCACAAUCGCGUGUCUCACUCUGUUUCCUCACGCGAUCCAGAGGUCUCGGAGAGUCCUAGUGGCGUUGUUCCGGAGCUGGAUUUGAGGCAUUACGUGAUGCUGCUAGAAGGGGAAGUUGAGCUUCCUGCAGAAACUUUGGAGAAUAUCUGCAAAGAAGUUGAUGAAGUGAUACAUAAAGGUAAGGAGAGGAAGCCCAAGAAUUUGCUGAAGCUGCUAUCCAAAUCUUGCAGCUUCUUCAAAGGAGUGGCAGAGUUUGACAGCAGUCAAGUUCCAAGCCUGCACUCUCAAGAUCUUCCCUAUUGCUGGUCUCUACCUGUGGUGACGCUGGCUUGCAUCGCGCUUGCUCUUCCCAACGUUGACAAGAGCGAGUCUGAUCGGCUGCUGAGCGGUGUGACUGAGGGGCUUCGCCUCGUGAAGCUCGUGGACAAGACUCUGGAUAGAAAGGGCGGUUUAACAAACAUAAGAACCGCAGCAAAUGUGGUGUGGGUGAAAGUCGAACUGUACCACAAAUGGCAAGACGAGGAUCUUCGUGAGACGUCCCUGAAAGGGAAAAACGCGGCAGAGAUACUGCAAGAGCUCUUCUAUAAAGCUGAGAAGACAGUGCUCGAGUUCCAGAGAAACGCCCGGGAUUGCCUCAUGAAGAAUCCUCUCAACUGGCCUGCUAAUGUCAUUGCUGCCAAUUCGAUGUAUAGGGUGUCCAGAACACUCUUGCUCAGCCAUGGAGGUUGUGAAGACGACAAAACUGUGUUCGACAAGUUGUAUGUCAUGAUUGCAGAUAUAAUGGCGGCAUGCCUUACAAAUCUGGCCCAUGUGAUAACCGUCAAGUGCCACCACAGUGCCAUUGAGGAGAGGGAGAAGAGUGUGCGCAAAGCAGCUCUUCUUCUGGGAGAAACUGAGGAGAUUGUGGCGCUUCUCCAGCAACGCGAGCUGCCAAUACUGACGCCUCACAAGGCAACGGGUAUUGAAGAAUGGCGAGCCUCUGUCAAGCAUCGGACAUCAAGAGAGACUCUUCAAGAUCUAGAGAAGGCCGUGUAA